ACGUGCAUCUAAGCCCCUCAGGUCAAGCUCAUCCUCUUUCCUCCACCCGCUUCGACAUAUACUGUUAUAGUCUACCACAACCUACUCUCAAGAUCAGGAUCAGUCAACUCAGGAACACAGCGCCUCGGAGAUACGUCAACCCUCCUAUCCAGCUACAACUCUUCUUACUUCACAGCCAGGACCUGUCUACGAAAAAUACCCGGAUCUUCUCUCCCCCCUUUAUACCGCACACAAUCCAGACAUGAACAUGAACCCUAUGCCACAGCAGCCCACCCAGCCCGGCGGAGCUUCGCCCCAGCAGGUUGCACUCUUCAACUCUGUGUUCCGUGAGAACUGUCCUUUCAAGUUUGUCUUUGGCGGUGUCACAGGAUUCGCACUGGGAGGAGUGUUCGGUAUCGUCAUGUCGUCGUUUGAGUUUGCGGGCCCACAACUGACGCCAGCGCUGCAAGAACUCUCGACAAAGGAGCAGAUGAAGAUCAUGCUGAAGGAUAUGGGUAACCGAUCGUACUCGUCCGCAAAGAACUUUGCUGUCGUUGCCGCAAUCUUCUCGUCCAGUGAAUGUUUUAUCGAAGGCUACCGUGCAAAGAACGAUAUCUACAAUGGUGCAGCAGCCGGUUGCUUUACAGGAGGAGUCCUGGCGGCGAAGGGAGGCGCAAAGGCUUCAGCAUUUGGAUGUGCAGGAUUUGCGGCCUUUUCGACAGCAAUCGAUUACUGGAUGAGGCACUCGGAUUAAGCGGCGAACGACCUGCAGCUCUCCACUUUAUCUUUCCUGUCUUUCUUUCUUUUUGCACGGGUCCAUUCUUCCUCCAUUUCAACACUCUGGCGGCUGCAUAACUUAUCGUAACCAUACUCUACUCUUUUUUUUUUAUCCUGUACUUCUAUAUUAUUUCCCAUACUUGCACCUCAUCUUCAUAGACAAUAAAACUAGGCGAGUAGUGAAGUAACAUUCAUUUAUUAACACGAA